AUGGACAAAGGCAAAAGAUUACUCGGAGUAACAGAUGAAAGACUAUGGAUCUCAUUCCAAUAUGCUGCGCAUAAAGGUAAAACUCAGGUGGUCCGAAAGCUAUUAGAUAAUGAUAAAUAUAGUGCUUACAAUGCCAAUAAAGAUUGGAAGAGGAUUGCUCUUCAAUCUUCCCAUUGUAGCCUGUCGAGGAUUCCAAUACGGAUAUUAGUUUUAAUAUCAUAUGAAAAAGGAUGGACUCCACUUCACUAUGCUGAGCAUAAAGGUUAUACUCCAGUGGUUCGAAUGCUAUUAGAUAGGGAUAAGGAUAAAUCUAGUGCUUACAUUGCCGAUAAUGAUUGGAAGAGGACUGCUCUUCACAUUGCAGCGUGUCGAGGCUUCCAAGACAUAGUGAAAGAGAUCAUUUCUAAAUGCCCAGGUUGCAGCGAACUUACUGACAAAAGAGGCUGGAAUGUUCUUCACUAUGCAGUGAUCAGCAAAAGUGGUAAAGUAAUAAAAGAAGUGCUCAAACAUUCAUCAUUGCUUUGCCUUUUAAAUAAGAAAGAUGUUGAAGGAAAUACGCCUGUCCAUCUAUAUAAAGCUUAUCAUCCCAGUUUGCCUGCCUUCAUAGGAAAACGAGAUGUAUUCUUGUUUUGGAGAAAACUGCACUAUCAAAUCACAGGAUACUCAUCCUCAAAGAAGGAUGAAAUUUUAAAAUUGAUGACAGAACUUGGCACUGGACCAUUAGGCGAAAUUUCAAACACAGAAGGAGAAAUGAGGAAGGAAAAAAUGAUACAUAAAUUUGAAAAGGUCAAAGACUCUCAUUUGGUGGCUGCAGCACUUAUAGCAACAGUAACUUUUGCCGCAGCAUUUACUGUACCUGGUGGUUAUAUAAGUGAUGAAAACGAUUUGAAGAAGGGAACUCCUAUCUUAAGCAAAAAUUGGACUUUCAAAGCAUUCAUAGUUUCAGAUACCAUAGCUAUGGUUUUAUCUACUUGUUCUGUCUUUAUCCACCUUAUGCUGGUGAUCUUAGGAUUUGGGGAAGCAUACUAUUGGUUAAUAAGAUGUGCCUUCGGUUUUCUAUUCUAUGCUAUGGUAGCAAUGCUCGUGGUUGACUGGCGGAAUCCUUCCUUUGUUGGGAAUCUUCAGUUCUCUGUUCGGAAUCUUCUCUUCUUUGUUGUUUGUGCCGCUUUGGGUGCUGCUUUGGGUGCUGCUUUCUUUGGUGAUCCUUUUGAUUUGGGUGACUGCAUGCUUGCUUCGAGAUUUGAUUAG